AUGCCAGGGUCAGCUUCAUCAACACGGUCGGAUGCGACUGUGCAGGAGCUCGAAUUAAAACGAACCGAAGAUGUUGCACCAUCUGAGGUUGUCAGCGAAAAGCACUCAGUUACAGAACACUCUCCUAUUCAACAACUCGAAACGAACGACAACGACGAUAACGGCAAGAAGAAGAAAAAGGAAAAGAAGAAGAAAGAUCCCGCCGUUCCCGUACACAAACUUUUCCGUUUCGCCACAACAAAAGAACUUGUGAUGGUUCUGAUUGCCGCGAUCUGCUCUCUUGGUGUCGGUGCUAUGCAGCCUGUUAUGAUCGUCUUCUUUGGUCAGUUUAUGGACGACCUUGGUACAGGUGUUACUGCCAUGCAAACUAUGACGCCCGAGCAAAUGCAAGAAGGAAUGGGAGACUUCAAGCUGCUUGAUAUGACUUACGAUCUUAUUCUCAUCUUCGUCUACAUGGGUACCGGCGUACUUGUCGGUGCCUACGUUGCCCAAAGCUUCUGGAUCAUGACUGGUGAGAACCAAACUCGCCGUAUCCGCCAGAAAUAUGUACAUGCCAUUUUACGUCAAGAUCUUGGCUGGUUCGAUAAAUCUGAAGAAGGUUCCCUCACAACUCGUCUUGCUGCUGAUACUCAGCUGAUCCAGGACGGUAUCUCUGAAAAAUGCGGUAUCCUUUUGCAAUCGAUUGGUGCCUUUAUCUCUGGUUUCGUCAUCGCUUUUGUGGAGGGCUGGAACUUGGCUGUCAUCAUCUUGGCUACCAUGCCCGUCCUUGCUGCCUGCGGUGGUGCCAUUGGUUACUUUAUCACCAAGUUCACUUUGCAAACUCAGGAUGCAUAUGCCGAAGCCGGCGCUAUUGCUGAACAGGUCUUUGCUGGCAUUCGCACCGUCUACUCGUUCUCUCUACAAGACCGCUUUGCUCGUCGCUAUGAGGAGAAGCUCGUCAAGGCCCGUGUAGUUGGUAUGAAGCGUGGUAUCUACCUUGGUGUUGGUUUCGCUUGCUUCCUCUUCGUUCUGUUCGCCACGUACGGUCUUUCGUUCUGGUAUGGCGGCCAACUCGUCAAGGAAGGAAAGAUGACUGGUGCCACCGUCUUGAUCGUCUUCUUCUCCAUGAUCAUUGGUGCUAUGUCCCUCAUGCAAUUGCCUCCCAAUAUCUCUGCCGUCUCCACCGCCGCCGGUGCUGCCCAUAAGGUCUUCUCCACCAUUGAUCGCGUUCCUACUAUCGAUCCUGAUUCCGAAGAAGGUCUCAAGCCUGAAAAGGUUAUUGGUGAGAUCGAAUUCAAGGAUGUCCAGUUUAAGUAUCCUACCCGCCCGGAUAUCACUAUUCUCAAGAAACUUAGCCUCAAGAUCAAACCUGGUAUGACGGUUGCCUUCGUUGGCCCCUCUGGUUCAGGCAAAUCGACCAGUGUUCAGUUGAUCCAGCGCUUCUACGAUCCCCUUGAGGGCAGCGUUUCUCUUGAUGGCAACGACCUCAAAGAUGUCAAUGUCAAAUGGUUGCGUUCUCAGAUUGGCGUUGUCUCGCAGGAACCUGUCUUGUUCAACAUGACUAUCCGCCAAAACUUGCUCAUGGGUAUCAACUACGAAGCCUCACGUGAGGAGAUUAUUGAAGCUUGUAAGAAGGCCAACUGCCACACCUUCAUCUCGCAGUUGCCUGACGGUUAUGACACUCUUGUUGGUGAACACGGUGGUAUGCUUUCUGGUGGCCAGAAGCAACGUAUUGCCAUUGCUCGUGCUAUUCUCAAGAACCCUACUAUUUUGCUUUUGGAUGAAGCCACCUCUGCUUUGGAUACCCAGUCUGAACGCUUAGUCCAACGUGCUUUGGAUGCUGCUGCCGCUGACCGCACUACUGUCGUUAUUGCCCAUCGUUUGUCUACUAUCCGCAACGCCGAUUUGAUCGUUGUCAUGCAUCAAGGUGAACUUAUCGAACAAGGUAACCACGAAGAAUUGCUUGCUAAGCAAGGCGUCUAUUCCGAAUUGGUCCGCAAGCAGCAGAUCGCAACCAAGCAAGUUGGUGGUACCGAGGAUGAAGAAGUCGACGAAGAAGAACUGAUGCGCAAGGAGAACGAAGAACUUCUCGAACAACAACGCAAGAUCAACGAAAUCGUUGAAGCCAACGAAAAGCAAGACGCUUCCUCGGGUCACCUGGUCCGCAUGAGCACUGUUUCAUCGAUCGACGCUUUCGAACUGAAGCUCCGCAAGGAAAAGCUAGAACGCAAGAAGCGCAUGAAGCAAAAGGCUCCUAUGGGCAAGAUUUUGAAGCAAAUGCGUGCCGAAUGGCUUAUGCUUGGAGCCGGUGUUGCCGGUGCUGCCAUUGCCGGUGCUAUUUUCCCUUGUUUCGCUCUCAUUUUCGCCAAAAUUAUCACUGUCAUGAUUCUCAGUCCCGAGAACGUCGCUCCUGGUCCCUUGGAAGGUGCCAACUUGUAUGCAUUUGUCUUUGUCAUGUUCGGUAUUGCCUCCUUCAUUGGUUUUGGUACUCAGAUCAUUGCCUUUGAAUGUGCUGGUGAACUCUACACCGAGCGUCUCCGUGGACAUAUUUUCCGUGCCUACAUGAAGCAGGAAAUUGGUUACUUUGACGACGAUGAACACAGCAUGGGUGCUUUGACUUCCAAGCUUGCUAUCGAUUCCAAGAACGUCAACGAAAUGGUUACCAAGGUCUGGGGUGAUGUUACUCAGAUUUGCUCUACAGCCAUCACUGGUCUUGUUAUCUCUUUCGUGCACAGCUGGACUUUGACUUUGAUUAUCUUGUGCAUGGCUCCAUUCAUCGGUGGUGCUACCUACUACGAAUCGACUAUCCAUCGUGGUUUCGAGGACAAGACUGCCAAGGCCAACGAACAGAGCGGUGAAGUUGCCGGUGAAGCCAUCAAGGAAAUUCGCACUGUCCAAGCUUUGAACAAGCAGAGCGACUUUGAGACGAAGUUUGAUCGUGCCUUGGAACGUCCUCACAGGCUCGCUAUGCGCAAGGCUAUGAUGUCAUCUGUCGGUUAUGCUUUGCAACAGGGUAUCAACAUGUACACCAACGCCGUCGCCUUCUAUGCUGGUGUCCGUCUUAUGGAUGAUGGCAAGAUUAACAUGGAGGAAAUGAUUGUCUGUAUGAUGGCUGUCCUUAUCACUGCUCAGGGUAUUGGUCGUGCUAGUGUUUUCACUUCGACCUUUGCCAAGGCCAAGAACUCUGCCAUUGCCACCUUUGAAGUUAUUGAACGCAAGCCCCACAUUGAUCCCGAUCUUGAAGGCAUGGAGCCUGCCAGCUCUUCUAUUCACGGCGACAUUUCGUUCGAGGAUAUCACCUUCCGUUACCCUGCACGUCCCGAUAUGCCCAUUUUCAGCGGCGAAUUCAACUUGGAAGGCAAGUCUGGUCAAACCAUUGCUUUGGUCGGUCCAUCGGGUUGUGGUAAAUCAACCACUAUUGGUAUGCUUCAACGUUGGUACGAUCCUAUCGACGGUACUGUCCGUCUGGAUGAACACAACACCAAGAACUUUACUUUGGGUAAUCUCCGCAGCCACAUGGCUUUGGUCGGUCAAGAGCCUGUUCUUUUUGAUAUGACAAUUGGUGAAAAUAUUCGCUUCGGUAUGGAUGAAAGCAAGUCCGUCACUCAAGAGCAAGUUGAAGAAGCCUGCCGCGCUGCCAACAUCCACAAGUUUAUCUCGGAUUUGCCUGCUGGUUAUGAUACCCGUGUUGGUGACAAGGGUUCACAGUUGUCCGGUGGUCAGAAGCAACGUAUUGCCAUUGCCCGUGCAUUGAUCCGUAAACCCAAGGUUCUCUUGCUUGAUGAAGCCACUUCUGCUCUUGACUCUGAAUCCGAAAAGCUUGUCCAGGCUGCCAUCGACAAUGUUAUCAGCGAAGGUGGUCGCACUACCAUCACCAUUGCCCAUCGUUUGUCGACCAUCCAAGAUGCUGAUCUCAUUUGCGUUGUCAAGGGAGGCCGUAUCGUCGAACAGGGUACUCACUGGGAACUGCUCAAGCUGGAUGGCGAAUACGCUGCACUUGUGCGCCAACAAUCCCUCAACGCUCACUAG